AUGAUGGCGAUCUCGGAAAAGCUUCAAGCUGCACGCAUCGUGUCCCUCCCCAAUGAUGCGUAUUACAUUCCCAAUUUCAUCACCGAGGAGGAAGAGGAUCAAUUUCUUCGAAAGAUCUCACACGCACCACUGCCGCGCUGGACUCAAUUGACCCACCGACGACUCCAAACCUGGCCCUCGUCUCUGACCAAGACCAACACCCUCCUCUCCGCCGCCCUUCCACCCUGGCUCACUUACCCCGUCAUCGAGCCCAAAUUCACCGAGCUGGGCAUCUUCGCCGAGUCUCCGCACGCCGCGCCAAACCACGUCCUCAUCAAUGAGUACCGACCGGGUCAGGGGAUCAUGCCGCAUGAAGACGGACCGGCGUAUUAUCCGCUCGUGGCGACGGUGAGCUUGGGAGCGCCGAUUGUCUUGGAUAUUUAUGAUAAAAAGCUGGAGAGUGCUGGGGAAGAUGGCGAUGCCCGAGAACGAGUGGAUCGUGCCCAGGUCCGGUUUAGGAUUCUGCAGGAGCCGAGGAGUUUGUUGGUGACUCGUGGCGAAAUGUAUACGGGGUAUUUGCAUGGAAUUGCGGAAAAGGUGGCCGAUGAGGAUUUGGGACCAGAUACGAUUUGUAAUUGGGACUUGUUGGGGGUCCGGGAUGGCUUUGCGAGAGGAUCUUAUGAGAGAGCUACGAGGACGAGCUUGACGUAUCGGGAUGUCUUGAAAGUGGCUAAGAUGGGCAACGCUCUGAAAGUUUUGGGUGGGAAGACAUAG